AUACGGCUACUGCUUCCGGAGCAGCUCAUGCGCUCUGGGCUUGUGGUGGUCGGCCGGCAUUCUCGGGUCCCGCGGAGCUCUGCUUUCCCCCGCAAUGAGCUUCCUCAAAAGCUUCCCGCCGCCUACGUCGGAAGACGGGCUCCGACUGCAGCAGCCAGACACCGAGGCUGUGCUGAACGGGAAGGGGCUCGGCACCGGCACCCUUUACAUUGCGGAGAGCCGCCUGUCUUGGUUAGAUGGUUCUGGAUUAGGAUUCUCACUGGAAUACCCCACCAUUAGUUUACAUGCGGUUUCCAGGGACCUAAGUGCUUAUCCUCAAGAGCAUUUGUAUGUUAUGGUGAAUGCCAAAUUUGGAGAAGAAUCAAAAGAAUCUGUCUCUGAUGAAGAUGAGGAAGACAGUGAUAAUGAUGUUGAACCCAUUACUGAAUUUAGAUUUGUGCCCGGUGAUAAGUCAGCACUGGAGGCGAUGUUCACUGCAAUGUGUGAAUGCCAGGCCUUGCAUCCAGAUCCUGAGGAUGAAGAUUCUGAUGAUUAUGAUGGAGAAGAGUAUGAUGUGGAAGCACAUGAACAAGGACAGGGGGACAUCCCUACAUUUUAUACCUAUGAAGAAGGAUUAUCCCACUUAACUGCAGAAGGGCAAGCCACAUUGGAGAGACUAGAGGGGAUGCUUUCUCAGUCUGUGAGCAGCCAGUAUAAUAUGGCAGGAGUCCGGACAGAAGAUUCAGUAAGAGAUUAUGAAGAUGGCAUGGAAGUAGAUACCACACCAACUGUUGCUGGACAGUUUGAGGAUGCAGAUGUUGAUCACUGAAGAUGAUGUCUGCUGCUAUACAAUUCUCUCAUAACAGCAGGCAAGAACUUGGUGCCUCUUCCACUCCCGAGUGGGGCUGGUGCAAGGCUUUUUCCUUCUCCAAAACUCACUUUUCAAGACGGACUGUAGUGAGACAGCAAGCUGUCACCAGCAGAAGAGACUGACCUUUAUCAACAAAGGUGAAUUAACUGAGCGGGUGUUUCUAGUUCUCAUUUACCCCAAACUUCCUGUGUCCAGGUGUCUUCUGAGCAGAAGAGCCUGUGACCUUUAUCAACAAAGGUGAAUUAACUGAGCGGGUGUUUCUAGUUCUCAUUUACCCCCCAGACAUCCUGUGUCUAGGUGUUUUCUGAAUAGGCCUCUAAUUCCACCUCUGCUGUGUGCACAUCUGUCGGCCGGAAGGCUUCCAUGGUGAAAUGUACAGAGCUCACACUGUAUAGACUGGGUGAGAAAGAGAUGCUGAAGCUUAGAUGUCUCUCUGGGGUUUAAAAGAACUCUUGUCCCUGAGAUGAAAAGUACAGGCCUCAGUGGGGGAAGUCUCUAGCAUUUCCACAGAGGCAUGGGUCCUUUACUUCAGGCUAACUCUAGGUCACCUCUGGAGGAAACCUCAGCCACACCUCGCCAGGACAAAAGACUUCUCUGCUAACUUCUGUUCUUCCUCCUCAUCCUCCAGUCUGCUUUGUUCCGUUCUCCAAGCUUAGGUCCUUGACUGUCUACUCUCCUAGCUUUCUGUAACACAAUAAAUAAUCUGUAAUGAAGUCUGCAAAGAACUCUUAAUGAUGUUUUGUCUUUGUAAUAGUUAACAAAUAAAUCUAGGUUUUCUAUA